CGCGCCCUCCCUGCGCCGGGGACGCGGCGCUCGCGCUCCCGCCCGAGCCGCGGGGAAACGGAGACAAGGAGACGCCGCCGCCCCCGGCGCGCCCCGGCCCUGCGCCCGCAGCAUGCCGGCAGCGGAGCUGAGUGCUGCCCUCCUCCUGCUGCUAGCGGAGGCGACUCCGCCGGCCUCCGGGCCUCCGCUGCGAGGGUAGCGGGGCUGGAGUCGGCUACCCAGACACAGCGAAGCGGCCGGAGCUGGAAGAGGAGCAGGCAUCCUCCGCGGCGCGGCGGGCGGCGGCCCUGCUGCCCGGCGCGCCCAUGGCCCGGGAGCACGGAGAAUGCGAGCCGCGCUGCGCGGCCGCAGCCCAGCUCCGCGCCGCUUGCCCGGAGCCCCCCAGAGCUGCCCGCGUCGCCACCGCCCCCCAGCUGCGGGCGCCCUGUCUCUGGCUGCGCUAGGACCCACGGCCGCCGGCCGCGCAGGGGUGGUGGCUCGGAAGCAGCGGGAGAGCGAGGGCCCGGGCGCCGGCUGGGGUGCAGCGCGGCAUGCAGCUGCGGGCUCCGGUGCCGGCGUGAGGGUUGUCGGCGCGGGGCCCCGCCAUGGCUGGCAAGGACAGUGGCAACCUGAAGACGGUGAGACUGUGGCGGGACGCCGCCCUGCGCGCCAGGAAGCUGCGGAGCAACCUGCGCCAGCUCACGCUCAGCUGCCCGGGGGCCGGAGGCGACGCACUCGACUCCCCAGACGCCCCCCAGCUGGUGCUGCCGGCCAACAUCGGGGACAUUGAGGUGCUGAACCUGGGGAACAACGGCCUGGAGGAUGUGCCUGAAGGUCUGGGGUCGGCUCUGGGCAGUCUUCGCGUCUUGGUUUUGCGCAGGAACCGCUUUGCCCGGCUGCCCCCUGCGGUGGCGGAGCUAGGCCAUCACCUUACGGAGCUGGACGUGAGCCACAACCGGCUGACAGUCCUGGGUGCCGAGGUGGUGAGCGCCCUAAGGGAGCUGCGCAAGCUCAACUUGAGCCACAACCAGCUGCCAGCUCUGCCUGCCCAGCUGGGUGCCCUCGCCCACCUGGAGGAGCUGGAUGUCAGCUUCAACCGGCUAGCGCAUCUGCCAGACUCCUUCUCCUGCCUCAACCACCUGCGCACCCUCGACGUGGACCACAACCAACUCACCGCCUUUCCCAGGCAGCUGUUGCAGCUGACUGCCCUGGAGGAGCUGGACGUAUCCAGCAACCGGCUGCGAGGCCUACCUGAGGAUAUCAGUGCCCUGCGUGCCCUCAAGAUUCUCUGGCUUAGUGGGGCCGAGCUUGGCACCCUGCCCAGCGGCUUCUGCGAGCUGGCCAGUUUAGAAAGCCUCAUGUUAGACAACAACGGGCUGCAGGCUCUGCCCCCCGAAUUCAGCCGCCUGCAAAGACUCAAGAUGCUCAACCUCUCUUCCAACCUCUUUGAGGAGUUUCCUGCUGCGCUGCUGCCCCUGGCUGGUUUGGAGGAGCUCUAUCUUAGUCGCAACCAGCUUACCUCAGUGCCAUCCCUAAUCGCCGGGCUGGGCCGGCUUCUCACCCUGUGGCUGGAUAAUAACCGCAUCCGCUACUUGCCAGACUCCAUUGUGGAGCUGACCGGCCUGGAGGAGCUGGUGCUUCAGGGCAACCAGAUCGCUGUUCUGCCCGACAACUUUGGCCAGCUCUCCCGGGUAGGCUUGUGGAAAAUCAAGGACAACCCACUGAUUCAGCCCCCUUACGAAGUCUGCAUGAAGGGGAUUCCUUACAUCGCAGCCUACCAGAAGGAAUUGGCUCAUUCCCAGCCAGCUGUGCAGCCCCGCCUCAAGCUGCUCCUAAUGGGCCAUAAGGCUGCAGGGAAGACCCUGCUCCGGCACUGCCUCACUGAGGACAAAGUGGAGGGAGAUCAAGGAGGAGGGGACAAGGAGAAGAGCUACCUACUCUUCCCUCCCCUUGGGAGCAAGGGCAUCGAGGUGACCAGCUGGACUGCUGAUGCUUCCCGGGGCCUGCGGUUCAUUGUGUAUGACUUAGCCGGUGAUGAAAGCUAUGAGGUGAUACAGCCCUUCUUCCUCUCCCCAGGAGCCCUGUAUGUGCUGGUGGUCAACUUGGCCACCUAUGAACCUCGCUGCUUUCCUACUGCUGUGGGCACCUUCUUGCACCGGGUGGGGGCCCGGGUGCCUCACGCUGUGGUGUGCAUUGUGGGCACCCACGCGGACCUGUGCGGGGAGCGGGAGCUUGAGGAAAAGUGUCUGGACAUUCACCGCCAGAUCGCGCUACAGGAGAAGCACGAUGCAGAGGGCCUAAGCCAUCUAGCCAAGGUAGUGGACGAGGCCCUGGCUCGGGACUUCGAGCUGCGCUCUGCCAGCCCCCAUGCAGCCUACUAUGGUGUUUCAGACAAGAACCUUCGGAGGCGCAAGGCCCAUUUUCAGUACCUGCUCAACCACCGGCUGCAGAUCCUCUCCCCCGUGUUGCCUGUUAGCUGCAGGGACCCCCACCAAUUGCAACGCCUUCGCGACAAGCUGCUCUCUGUCGCUGAGCACCGAGAGAUCUUCCCCAACUUACACAGAGUCCUGCCUCGAUCCUGGCAGGUGCUCGAGGAACUGCACUUCCAGCCACCUCAGGCACAGCGACUGUGGCUAAGCUGGUGGGACUCGGCCCGCCUGGGUCUGCAGGCGGGUCUGACAGAGGACCGGCUGCAGAGUGCCCUUUCCUACCUGCACGAGAGCGGCAAGCUACUCUAUUUCGAGGAUAGCCCGGCCCUCAAGGAGCACGUCUUCCACAACCUCACCCGCCUCAUUGACAUCCUCAAUGUCUUUUUCCAGAGGGAUGCUUCUUUGCUGCUGCAUAAGCUGCUCCUAGGGACCAGUGGAGAGGGGGAGGGGGAGGGGGAGAGUUUCCCCUCCAUGGCAGUGCCCACCUCGGGUCAGGACCCACUCCGGGCCACCCAGCUUCAUCAUUAUGUGGAAGGCUUCCUGCUGCAUGGGCUUCUGCCAGCCCAUGUCAUCCGGUUGCUGCUUAAGCCUCACGUCCAGGCCCAGCAGGACUUGCAGCUCCUCUUGGAGCUGUUGGAGAAGAUGGGACUCUGUUACUGCCUCAAUAAACCCAAAGGCAAGCCUUUGAACGGCUCCACAGCUUGGUACAAGUUCCCAUGCUACGUGCAGAAUGAGGUGCCCCACGCAGAGGCCUGGAUCAAUGGGACCAACCUAGCUGGGCAGUCUUUUGUGGCCGAACAGUUGCAGAUCGAAUAUAGUUUCCCCUUUACCUUUCCACCUGGAUUGUUUGCACGUUACAGUGUCCAGAUCAACAGCCAUGUGGUGCACAGGUCGGAUGGGAAGUUUCAGAUCUUUGCAUAUCGAGGGAAAGUCCCUGUGGUGGUGAGCUACAGACCCGCCAAGGGGGUCCUGCAGCCGGACACCCUGUCCAUUGCUAGCCACGCAUCGUUACCAAAUAUAUGGACCGCAUGGCAAGCCAUCACCCCUCUGGUAGAGGAACUGAAUGUCCUACUUCAGGAAUGGCCUGGACUGCACUACACUGUGCACAUCCUCUGUUCUAAGUGCCUUAAGAGAGGGUCCCCCAAUCCACACGCUUUCCCAGGGGAGUUGCUGAGCCAGCCCAGGCCAGAAGGGGUGGCAGAGAUCAUCUGUCCCAAGAAUGGCAGCGAGCGAGUGAAUGUGGCCUUGGUUUAUCCACCUACACCGACUGUGAUCAGCCCCUGUUCCAACAGCCCAUAUACAGGCGGAUGGGCAGGACCGGACUGUCCUCAGCAGGCACAUGCAUCGGAAUGUCCAGAGACAGUAGUCAGGUGGGCCUCUCUGGAGAGACACUGGAGUCACCGGGUCGGUUCUAAAGUAUCUCCACACUUUCUUGGACAAUUAAGUGGAAAGGAUAGUGCUUCUUUCCCUCUGCUACCAUUUUUACUGUACCCAAUCUGUGGCUUUAGGAGCACCAAGUUUUAAGGGAAGAACGUUGGUGAAAAGCACAGAAACCAGUGACAUUCGUGGCUGUGGAAUUUUCCAUGGAGCAAGCAGAGCAUGGGAACUGACUGGGACAUCUCUUGCCCCUGGCGAGCCCGCCAAGCUCCCAAGCGCCUUUGGGGCCCAGGGUGAAACCGUGCAUCAGGUGCUUGCCGAGGACCCUUGGAGGGGCUGGAGGGGGCUGGGAAGAUGGGGGCGAACAUGGAGCAAAUGUUUCACAACCUGAACCUCAGAACUGUGACCCUCCAAGGAGAGCGCUACUUGAAGAAAAGAAAAAAAAAAUGUUGAAUGGCUUCUCAGGGAUUUUGUUUUCCGUGUACACAUAAGCCAUAGUUCCAGUCCGGGUGACAGUAUUUUCGAACACUCAGAUUUCAGUUCUGUUCAAUGUGAAGGAGGGAUCGACUGACGUUCAUUGCUGUUCCGUCACGAGUGUAAAAUAUGUAUAUGUUAAUCUUUAUUUUUAUAAUAUGCAAAUGCAUUUAAAUUUAUACAGUUUGGACGCCUCUAGCAUUAGUUAACACUGGGUGCAAUAUUCUGCAUGAGAACUGUGCCAAGAUGGGGCUGAGGUCUUCUUUUAGAGUUAGACUUUUUGUUCUCUCAUCAAUCACCCUUUAGCCAGAACGGGAAAGCUACCCUCUUCCGGUUAGUUCAUUGAUGGAUUGAUUCAGUGUUGCUUCCUAGAGCUCUCUAGUGAUCCCCAGGCACAUCUAGCCCACUGAGACAGAAGUCCCUCCCAUCUUUUUCAUCACACGCCAAUACCUGUUCGUCAGUGGGCGUGGUAGUAAAGAUGCUUAAUUUUCUCUCCCUACUCAUGCCCACUGCUGAGGCAGAGGGAGGCAUUCCUAGGGGCCAAAUGGGGUGGAGGAUCCAUGAAAACCUGACUCUUGGAACAAUUUGAGAUAAUCUGAGGUCAGUUCUCAAUCUCGCAACGAUUCUACUGAUCGGCACCCUUCCCCGCCCCCACCUCCCCACCCUCUCACCCCCGCCAGAACAGUGUGCAUGAUUUAGCCAGAGCCUUGUGUGAGGCCACCUCUGCCCGUGGACCUCCCAGUAGGAGCAUGCUUUCACAGAACCCCGUCUCUCAUUGGCUGUUUAUUCAUUCAGAGCCACGUGGAGGACAUCCGCUGCCAAGAUCUAGUAAAGCCCUUGUUUUGAAGUCUCCGGGAGGUAAACACUUAAAAACAAACCCCACGAAUCACUCUCUCGUGUCCUCCUACUUGGGGCCAAACAGCAUAUGCUACAGUAGCGACACCACAUUCUCUGAAUAAGGUUUCUGUUUACAUCUGCAUCCUCCGUGUGUUGACAGGAAGCAUGUAAAACCAACUUCCCUGCAAGUCAGCUGGUCGUACUCUCUCCCUUGUUUAUAAAGUAUCACCUCUUGGAAUGCCAUAGCACACGCAGUCACCACGAAUCUUUAAGGGAAGUGCAAGCAGGCGGCUACACUGUGAGAAAUUACCAACCAGUUUGUGUAGAAUCUGUCCCGUUGAUUUCCCCGCUCCCAGAGUCCGUUCCACAAAGGCGAUUUCUUGGAAAUCAGAAUUGAAUGGGAAUCCUCUCUUUUUGUGUUUUGAAUACUUGACUAUGACAAGUCUAGUUUAAGAUUUCCUUUUUCAUUUAGAACACAGUCGCAGGACGAAUCAGAAUUUGGUUGUUUUUUUUUUUGUCACAGUUCUCAUGUGUGUGUGUGUGUGUGUGUGUGUGUGUGUGUGCGCGCGCGCGCGUAAACCGAAGAGUUAUCAUUCUGUUGCUUUACGGACCACAGAAUUAUUUGGGCGAUAGAUUCGUUUGUUUUUGUUUUUGUAAUUGGCACCAGUCAGUUCUGAAACCAUCAAAUCAAGAAACUUUGACCAGUCUUAUAAUGUCACGUAUGACUUUGGGUUUACUCCCCAGAGGGCCAUGUUAAAUAAAACUAAGGUGUCUUGGGGGAGCCCACCCUGCAAUUGGUUGUUGUUUUCAUAAACACAGAUGCCCAUGUUCUGAAUAUCUGUUGUUUUUUUUUUUUUGACAAAUGAUGUUUUGUGUUGUCAUCUGAACCCUAGAGAAGCGGUGUAGAUGAGGGAACCUUGGUUGUCACGCGUGUGUGGCCAGGGUGGACAUGGUCAGAGGGUCAUGUGCCUGAAAAAGCUCCAGCAAAGCCUGAGAACUACCCUCAGUGUGUGGGGGGAGGGUUGGAGAAACAGAAACCACUCCACGAAGAGGAAUUCCAGGAAAUUCUGUUUCCUCGUUUCAACACCUGGGAAGACUCAGCGGCCAGCAGCUGAGGGGCCUUUCACUAAGCACAAGAGGCAUGGUUCUACCCAAGGAGCCCCUUGCCUGUCAAAUGCUCUCCAAGUUUGUUAUGGUUUCUAUUCCUACAACUAUAGUGGUAGCAAAACCACUUCCCGGGAUUGUAAAAGUGCUGCCAGAAUAAAUGUUUUCCCCCUUCUAAGGAAAAAAUAAAACAAAACAAAACAAAAAAAACCCAGACAGUGCUCAUAUUUGACAUGUGCACUGGACUCUUUUGAAUGAAUAAAGAGGAAGGGCUUGAUGUGAUUCCAAUGGAGUGUGUCUUUUCAUGCUGAAGUCUGUGAAUUGUGGUUGUGGUUUCCCUGUUCAUUGUCCUGACAGGGCAGAAAUUUAAAAAAAAAAAUCAAUAAAAAUACAAUGAAAUGUUAAA